UUUACCUCCUUCCUUCUAUUCGGACCGUUCCCUCUGUCUCAGAGACACCAAGACUGAUGGGAUUAGGGUUUCUCUGCAACUAGGUAUCCUGAACCCUAGGUUUUACGUUUCGUUUCUGUUGUGCUUGUUUGUCAGUAGUUUAUAUCAAUGGCUAAUCGUACGGACCCAACGGCAAAAAGCAUAAGAGGGACGAACCCUCAGAACCUUGUGGAGAAGAUCGUACGGUCGAAGAUAUACCAGAACACUUACUGGAAGGAGCAAUGCUUCGGUUUGACCGCGGAGACCUUGGUCGACAAGGCUAUGGAGCUCGACCACAUUGGAGGAACCUUCGGUGGCAACCGUAAGCCUACACCAUUUAUGUGCCUCGUCAUGAAGAUGCUUCAGAUCCAACCCGAGAAGGAGAUCGUCAUCGAAUUUAUCCGAAACGACGAUUAUAAAUAUGUCCGGGUUCUUGGUGCAUUUUAUUUGCGUCUUACUGGGACUGAUACUGAUGUCUACCAAUACCUGGAGCCUCUUUACAACGACUAUCGGAAAUUGAGGCAGAAAUUACCUGAUGGACGUUUCUCCUUGACACAUGUGGAUGAGGUUAUUGAUGAACUGUUGACAAAAGAUUAUUCCUGUGACAUUGCCUUGCCACGUAUUAAAAAGAGAUGGACUCUUGAGUCACUUGGUACACUAGAACUUAGAAAAAGUGCUUUGGAAGAGGAUUUUGAGGAGGAGGAAGACAAAGAGGAGAAUGAUCAACUAGAUGAUGGAAUGGAUGAUGGGGCAUAUGAGAAGGAUUAUUACCGUGGCCGAAGCCCUGCUAGGGAAAGAGACAGGGAUAGAAGACGUGAGAGUCACAGAUAUAGGGAUCGAGACUAUGACAGGGACUAUGACAGGGAACGAGGACGUGGGAGAGAAAGAGAUAGGGACAGAGAUCGGGAUAGGGAUAGGGACAGAGAUAGAGACCGGGAUCGAUAUCGCCUUAGAGAAGAAAAAGAAUAUGGCCGUGAUAGGGAUUGGGAAGGUAGGGAGCGGGAAAGGCGAGAUAGGGAUCGUGGCAGGAGGAGGAGCCAUUCAAGGAGCCGGAGCAGGAGUAGGGAUCGCAAGGAUCGUGAUGGGGAUUAUCGGAAGAGACAUGCCCGAAGCAGCGUCAGUCCCAGGAGACGGGAUGGAUCUGUGGACAAUGGACAUCGUGAAGAGCCGAAGAAGAAAAAGGAAAAGAAGGAGAAGAAGAAUGAUGGAACAGAUCAUCCAGAUCCAGAAAUUGCAGAAGCUAACAGGCUUCGAGCAUCACUUGGUUUGAAGCCCUUGAAGUAAAUGUUUUUCUCUUUUGGGUCAAAAAGUGCUAAUUUCUUAAGAGAUCAACUGGUGAAGGUGUCUAGAGACUUUUCAGCCUGUACUUACUGAGCUUUGUAAAUGUUGAGAAUCUUAAUAUUUGUAGCAGUCUUGUUUUACUGAUAAAGUGAUAUAUAAUGACUAGCAUGAUAAUUUUGUAUA